AGCCAUUAUGCGACAAGACAACCCCCAUAGUGUGUGCAUCAUGCUCGUACAAUUGCCGCGAUGAAGAUACGACUAGUGUUGAUGAGGCCAACUAUGUAGCCUAUUCAACGUGAUGUCCGAGUCCUAUACAUUCGGCAUUCGCCAUAGCGUCAACGAAGGGCAUAUAACGUGCCGUUUAUCUGGGAAUUGUAAAUGGAUGAGAUUGCGACAUCGGGGGAGGCCGGGGGAAGCAUGCCCACAUCUGGGGCGGAGAGAUCGGACCAGAUAGAUACGGUCGGCUUCUUGCUCAAGCUUUCUUCUGCAGACAUGGACACUGGUCAUAGGGAGUCUACAAUAACUAGUGAGAUGCCGUCCCCCACAGCUCAGGGUCUAGGCCCAGGUCAGGAGAAGAAGAUUGGCCACAGGAGAGUAGAUGCCUCUGGAGAGACCACCUAUAAGAAGACCACGUCCUCUGCCCUGAAAGGUGCCAUCCAGCUGGGCAUCGGCUACACGGUGGGCAACCUGAGCUCCAAGCCAGAGAGAGAUGUCCUCAUGCAGGACUUCUACGUGGUGGAGAGCAUCUUCUUCCCCAGUGAGGGCAGUAACCUGACUCCUGCCCAUCACUACCCAGACUUCAGGUUUAAGACCUACGCCCCCGUGGCCUUCCGCUACUUCCGAGAACUGUUUGGGAUCCGGCCAGAUGACUACCUGUACUCUCUAUGUAACGAGCCCCUGAUCGAGCUGUCCAACCCGGGGGCCAGCGGCUCCAUAUUCUAUGUAACCAGGGACGAUGAGUUCAUCGUCAAAACAGUCAAUGCCAAGGAGGCGGAGUUUCUGCAGAAACUACUUCCUGGAUACUACAUGAAUCUGAAUCAGAACCCGAGGACCCUGCUUCCUAAGUUCUUUGGUCUCUACUGCGUCCAGUGUGGUGGCAAAAACAUCCGUAUCGUGGUCAUGAACAAUGUGUUACCGCGCGCCGUACGCAUGCACCUCAAGUUCGACCUGAAGGGCUCCACGUAUAAACGCCGCGCGUCCAAGAAAGAGAGGGAGAAAUCUAAUCCCACCUUUAAAGAUCUGGACUUUAUAUCAGAUGUACCGGACGGACUGACACUGGAUCAGGAUACAUAUGGUGCUCUGCUUAAGACCCUACAGAGAGAUUGUCUGGUGCUAGAGAGCUUUAAAAUCAUGGAUUACAGUCUGUUGCUGGGGGUCCAUAACCUGGGCCAGGCUGGGAGAGAGUCCCAGGGCUCACCAGCAGGGGGCGAUGAGAAGAGACCUGUGACCCAGAGAGCCCUCUACUCUACUGCCAUGGAGUCUAUACAGGGAGGGAAGACGUGUAGAGACACACUAGACCACGAUGCUACAAUGGGUGGUAUUCCUGCUGUGGAUGGUAAAGGAGAACAACUCCUUCUUUUCAUUGGAAUCAUCGACAUCCUGCAGUCCUACAGGGUCAUCAAGAAACUGGAACACUCAUGGAAGUCUCUGAUUAGUAAUGACGGGGACACAGUGUCAGUCCACAGGCCUAGUUUCUAUGCAGACAGGUUCUACAAGUUCUGCAGCACAACUGUCUUCAGAAAGAGCUGCUCCCUGAGGUCUUCUCCCUCCAAGAGGGGGCGAGGAGGGGCUCUGCCCACACCCAAAAACAGUGUCCAAACACAGCUGUCCAUAGAGAGAGAGGAGAACCAGGAGAACGAGGAGCUGCACCUCAGAGCGUCUCGCGGCUCCCGCCUGCUGGAGGAGGACGGUCAGAGAGAGCACCCCCACACCCCUCCAUCUUUUGAGGAUGCGACCACAGCAUCCAUUGCGACCACUCUCUCCUCCAACAACUCUCUCCCUACCACACCGUUUGACACACCAGAACACCCACGCUUCAGGAGGCCAACUCACUCUGCACGGGACCGUGAAGACAGUUUCAGGUCACAGCUGGAAGUAGUGGAGGUGCACGAGCAAACCGUCACUGCGGCGGUGGAGGUGAAGAGGGAACCUACAACCAGUGUGGUUCCAGAGGACCUUCAGGACUCUAAAGUAACAGAGGAGAAAGUCAUCACACAGGCCACAGCUGCUGCCCACACCUCCUCUACACCUCCUUCAACCCCUCCUUCCUCCUCCACCCCUCCAUCCUCCACCCCUCCCUCCUCAUUCCCUCCAGCGUCCACUCUCCCUCAUUCACUUCCUCCCUCAAUCUCUUCCUCCUCUGCCCCUCACUCUAACUCCACUCUGCCCUAUUCUUUCACUCGUCCUUCCUCCACCCCUCAGUCAUCAGCUGUCAUCGCGUCCACUCUUCCACCCUCUGCAGUCCCUCAAGACUCUGCCUCUCCCUCUUCCACCACUCAUGCAUCUACCCACCCCACUUCCUCUCCCCAUUCUUCACUCCUUCCCACCACCCCUCCCUCCUCUCUCCCUCCGAGCCCCCAGGUAACAGCGGAACGCUAUUCGUCCAAUCAUCUGUCCGUCACCUCGUCCGUCAGCCACAACUCACUGGAGGGGGAGGUGCCAGUCUCUGACAUCUACUUCUAUGCUGAUGGGAGAUACUGGGUGUACUCCCCAAUUCUGGGUCGUAAGAAACUCAACUCAAGCUCAAGCUGCAAUAAUCAGGAGGACAGGAGCUGGAUGUUCUCUCCACUGCACUACGGCUCAGAGUCGAGACAUGGCUCUGAUGGGGAGAGCCAGACGUAAAUUGUGUGAAGUGUCCAAUGUAAGCAAAUCACUUGAGAGGAUUGAAGACUGCUGACUGAAGCUGUGAUGCUUUACGAAGCCCCAUGAAUCUUCUACAGAGUUCUAUAACCCUUGUGGCCCAAGCUGCAUGUGAAGGCUAGUUUUACCCACUGGGAUGAAGAAGUACUCUGUGGGAAGACUUAUUGAAAUGAAAUGUUUCUACUUCGGCACCACUUUCCCCAACACACACACACACACACACACACACACACACACACACACACACACACACACACACACACACACACACACACACACACACACACACACACACACACACACACACACACACACACACACACACACACACACACACACACACACACACACACACACACACACACACACACACACACACACACACACACACACACACACACACACACACAACCACCAUUGCUUCCUAAAAAAAGUAUGCAACAAUACUGAUUGAUUUGCCACAGAGUCAACUCAAAUAUAAAAGGAUGCAUCAUCAUCAAUGGGGGUAUUGUGAAUAAAACCAUAGUGCAACCAUUUCAAACAUUAGCUAAGACAUCCCAGAGAGUCUGUCAUUCAGUUCUGUAGUUGUUCAUAUUUUACUUUUGUGACUUGUGCUUGUCUCAAAGCCAUGUGUUCCUGUAAUAUCUUGUAUGGAAUAGGAUUUAUUAUAUUGUAAUGUCAGGUUUUGGACCCCUAUGGUUAAAUGUUGGAGAGUUUUUUUUUUAUGAAGCAAAACUUUUUUUGUCAGUUGUAUAUAAUGUUUUACUGUGUCUGGUGGUGAUGGCUUUACAUUCAGCUCAAUUAUGUGUGGUGUGUUGUGAUUGGGCUACGCAAAAUAGCGUUGUUUUGCGUUCGCACAUUGUUCAUGAAAACCUGAACAUUUUAUUGAGCUUUUAGCACUUUAAGAAUUAACAUUCUGCAAAUGUUUUUUGAAUUCAUAAUAUAUUUUGUGAAUUGUAAAUAGUGUGAGUGAUAGUGAGCCAAAGAGUUAGAAAGUGAAAGAGGAUAUUGCACUUUUGUCCUGGUCAAUAAUAUAAAAGGUCAAGGGUUAAAAAAGAUUCUAAAGUUGUUCCAGUCCAGGGAAGUAUUUAAUCAUCUCCAUCCUUCUAAAGGUGCAAUCUGUAACUUCUCAUUCCCCCUGCGGCAAGAAUCACAAUCGACCUUAAACAAAACACAAAGAAAACAUAUUUCGUAAGAUUUUGCCAAUGAUAUAUACGACAUUCCGCAUCGGUCCCCCGAAAAACGUUGAGCCGAAUUUACAGAUUACAGAUGUCCCUUGAAGAUAAAUCACCGCUGGCAGUUUGUGUAUAAAGUCUGUGGACAAGGAGUUCGAGUUUAUCAUCAUAUCAAAUCAAAUAAUAUAUUGUUUAAGAAGCAUUGAAUAUGUUGCAUUAUCUAAUUUCUCUCACAAACCCAUUUUGGUUACAAUUUUGUUUAACUUCCUAUGGAACAUAAUGGAUGCUAUUUAUUUAUUUAUUUGUGUACUGGUGCAAAUACUUGACAAAUCUGACUCAUAGAGCUGCUAUAAUGAACAGACCUGCAGAAGCUCAAGAGCAUUUCACUGGAAAACUGGAUGGGAAACUGGAUAGAAAUCUUUGUUUUGUGUAGUUGUUGCCACUAGGGGGCAGCGUUAUCCCGCUUAGAAGACUUGAGCAUAUUGACAUAACUGUAACUAUUCUGAAAUUCAAUGCCAAUAUUUUCAUGCACAUUUGUUCCUCAUUUCCUUGGAGCUAAAAUAAAACAUCUGCCUAGGGUGAAUAUGACUCAA